GAGGGACAAGAUGACCACUACGAUGGACGGCAGCUCUCAAGUCACCGACGAUGAAGUGUCGCUUGCGGAGACGGUUGUGCAAAGCAUGGGUAGAUGAGCGACUUUUUCAUAGUCGUAUUCUAAAGCUAACGAGCAGCAUAGUAUCUAUACACUUUAAGGCGAAUCGCACUCGCGCCUCUGCCAGAAAGAAAAGGAGGGGACCUAUGCGAACGACCCGUCUGGAAACGCUUCUGGAAGAGGACGAUGAUGAAGUGGAUGUUGAAGAUGAUGACGUGAAUGUUGAAGAGAGCGAUGGAGAGUACAAAAGGCCUAUCUUUAAACAGGAUGAAGAGGAUGAAGACGAUGUCGAUAAAAAAGCAGAUGAGGGCGAAGAAGACUUUUGCAUCGUGUGACGUGAUACCUGUAUGCUAUUGUAUAUGCUAUG